AUGGACAACACUGGCUUUACCAGUGUUGUAUCCACUAGAUCUGCUUCCCCUUCUUGGCCAUUAUCUGCGGUAUCUUCUGGCGGCGUGACCGCAUCCCCAUCGGCUCCAUCUUCUACGUUUUUGGGAUCUCUGCACCUUGGCGGCAUGACCACAUGUUCUCUUCGUUACCGCUCCAGGCGUCGCGGUGGCAGCAAUUCUUCUGCGGCUGGAUCUCGUGUCUCUGGGGAAACAGCGGUACGUGUAAUGGCCGGCAGCGGUGGUUCAAUUGCCUCCAGCUCUUCAACGGCUGGUUCUCUUUCUACUGUUGCAGCCAAUGGUUUAUCUAAUACGGGAAGCAUUGGCGGCACGCCAGUGGCACGCCUUCUUUCAGCGACUGGAGCUCUUGGCCUAACGACAUCUGCAACCACCACUAGUUCUUCUCCUUCAACUACAAAUCACUUUGUGCGUGGUUCUGGCGGGCUUUCUCAAUCAUCUGCCAAUGGAAUCAACAUGUCAUCAGGCCCUGCAUCUGGCUCUUCAGGUCUUGGUGCUCAGCGUCGUUCCUUCAUAUCUAGUAUCAAUAUUUUCUCAACAGGUGCAAGUGCUAAUUCUCCUGUGGUCUCCGGAAGUAACACUACCAACGCCAACAAUGAAAAUAAUACAGAAUGGACCAAUUCGGCAUCAUCAGGCACUAGCUCUUCUGCUGGGAUUUCGGCAAACUCUCUUUCAGCACCUUUGAUUAUGACCAAUGAUACCUCUUCAGCCAGAGCCUUGGCUUUUUUUGAAACCUCACCCGUUUAUGUUGAAAGUGAAUCCAAGGAGGUUGGGAUGAGAUCAGCUCAAGUGCAAUUGAGUCGGGCAUUCGCCUGCUUAAUUCGCAUAAUAGCAGAUCUAAUUGUGGAUCUGCGUUCGCAACAUCAACAACAGAUCAUUCAUCAAGAUAUUACUUCAAAUUCAUCUUCGCUUAGCUCUGUGCUUACGGCUUUGCGCCGCUGUACAUCCGCACCAGCCGGACUAUAUCCUGCUGCGGCUCUGAUCGCUCCAUCGCAGCAUUAUACCUCAGUCUACCAGCAACAGCGUCUUUAUCCUCUUUAUGCAGAACCCACGGCUUCAUACACUACAAAUACAAGUGUCCCGGCUACCGCUUCCACUGGUAUUCAUCCUAAUGGGACUUCUACCUCUAUUGGAUUUAAUUCUGGAUUGCUUUCAGUUCCAAGACUCCCUUUUCGUCAGCCUGAG